GAUGAAGUGAACCUCAACUCCUUUCUUAGUGUAAUUGUGAUAUUGACUCAGUUGAAAACGAGUUGAGAGGUCUUGUGCAAAAGUUCACAAGAUGGCGACGUUCUUCCAGAGCGUUCGUCAAGGCUUCACCAGAAGCAACACGAAAAGCAAUCAAAACCUCAGAAGCCAACACAAUGGCACUCAGUCACCAAACCAGCAACAUGCUCCCCCUAUGCCCCCGUUACCAAGUUCACCUUCGCUGUCCUCCACCUUCAGUCAAGAAGGCGCCUACCAAGAACAAGAGCCCAAGAAGUUCUUGAACGAGAAAUACGUAAAAUGUUCGGUCAAAGGAAACUUCUUGACUCUGGCCGCACAGCCGAAGAAUGUUGAGUUGGGAGAGUGGCUGGCGCAUCAAUUGGUCGAGAUGAAUAGGUUACUCACGGCCAUGAUUCUGGUCAUUCAAGAGGUGGAUAUGAAUACUGGAGCGCCUUUGUGCAAUGAAGUUAGCUGCCCUACAAUGUCUGCUGGACGUCUCACAUAUACCUGGCUCGAGAAUGGAAGACCGGCUAAGAUCCCAGCCCCGUCCUAUAUCGUUCGAGUACAAAGAUGGAUUGUCGGCAAGAUCCACGACGAGAAGACCUUCCCAACCGUACCGCCACCCAACAUCGCCAACACGGCCUACGCAUCUGGAGACACCGAUGCAACGCCAACAUCAGCAUCUACUCCAAUCCCAGCUGGCCCUACCAGUCUCAAUCAAUCCCUGACUAGUUUGGCGGGUCUCCAGGAUGAGUGGAUCGGGAAGUCAUCUGGCUUCCCUCAGCACUAUCACCAGGAUGUCAAGAGUAUCGUCAAGCAGAUGUUCCGAUGCUACGCUCAUCUAUACCACAACCACUGGGACAACCCGUUCUGGCAUAUUAAUCGUCACCUGGAACUCAACAGUUGUUUCGUGCACUUCAUCACGGUGGCCAUGUACUAUGACCUGUUGCCGAAGAAGGACAUGGAACCACUUCAAGGACUCAUUGAUAUCUUCACUGCGCAAGGUGUUGUUCCCAAGGAGGCGGUGCAGCAACAUGUCAGUUAGGCUCUUGAAGGCACUCUCGCAGUGACGAUUGACCAGCAACCAUGAUUACG